AUGGUAGCCGCGGCGUCUCCGCUACUGCUCGAAGAAAGCCAUGGUGACGGCGUGGUGCAACUAACGCUCAACCGGCCGGCGGCGCUGAACGCCUUCAGCGAGGCGCUGUACUACGCGACUGCGGCCGCCCUCCGCCGGCACAACGACCUGGCCUCCACGCGCAUCCUCGUGCUCACGGGCGCGGGGACGCGCACCUUCUGCGCGGGGAUGGAUAUCAAGGAGGUGUGCUCGCGCGCCCAGGCCCAGCUCACCGUGCGCGCGGCGCGCGCCUUCAUGGACGCCCUGUUGGAGUGCAGCAAGCCCGUCGUCGCCGCCGUCUUCGGCGCCGUCACCGGCAUCGGCGUCACGCUGCUCAUGCAUUGCGACGCCGUGUUUGCGGCGAGCGACGCCACGUUUGAAACCCCGUUCUCAGCCAUCGGCAUCGUCCCCGAGUUCGGCUCUAGCCUCACCUUCCCGCUACUGCUAGGGCUGCAGUUGACGAGCGACUUGCUGAUGAGGGGCGUGCGUGUGGGCGUUGGGGAACUGGAAAGGGUUGGCGCGCUGAAAGUUGUGGCGUCCCAGGAGAGGGAUGUCGUCGUGCGCAGAGCCGUCGAUGAAGCACUGGACUGGAGCAGGAGGAACCCGAGUGUCGAAGAGUGGAGGGGGGUGCUGGAAGCGAAACGACUGGUGAAGGAGCAGGUGAUCAAAGACACUAGCCAGGCAAUCGACAAGGAGAUGAAAGCUAUUUAUGAGCGUGUUGAUGACGGCACGGCGUCAAAGUUGAUGCGAAAACGGGUCGCCGAACUAGGGCGUCGUACAUCCAAGUUGUAG